AAUAUGGCAGCUGUAUUGGAACUUCUGUUGAAAGGCGAUAUAACGCCGAAUACAGUUGUCCAUUGGAUCAAAUUUAAGUCUUAUCUGGAUAGUUCUUGUGGACAGCUUCAAGAUUUUGGAAAACUUCAGCAAGAAUUUGUUCCUUUUUUUCUAAACUAUCUUCGGGAUCAGACAUUGCAUCUACUUCAGUCAUCCAGAUCUGCUGCAAAUUCUCCAGCCAAGACACUGUCUGCACAAAAAUUGAAAAAAUCUCUAAAUGGGUCAUCAAAAUCAGAAAGUGGCAAACGUGUACAACUGUUUGGUGCCAGUCCUGGAGAUGGGUUGGAAGAUAUUAAAAGCUCCUCAGCAUCUGUAUUUUCACCAAAUGUUUCGUUUGACUCUCCAUCUUAUCUUGGAAGCAACAAACAUGCUACAGAAGUCAGACAAAAAGGGAGGUCGUCUUUAAGUGGCAGUUCAUCAAAAAAUGUUCACAAUGCCAAAUAUCAGAGUGAUGCUCAAAAAUCAAAACAAAAAUUUAGUCUUGGUGAAUUCAUUUCACCAGAAGUCACAAGAAAAAAGAAUUCUCCUUAUUCAUCAAGCAGUAAAAAUAGAUCUAUUGACAAUUCACCAUCUCCAGCUAUUACUCAUAGGUCAGGUGGGAGACGGAAGCAUUCGUUAGAUCCUAAUGACUUACAUCAAAAGAGUCCUGCACCUGUCUUUAGCUUGGCUAGUGUGAGUGAUUUUCCUCCUAUGGGAGGAGAACCCGGUCUCGCUGUCAGGGCAACCAUGAAUAUGCUCGAAUCUCCUAAUUUUGAAAUGGGAACACCAAGACCUACGAAAAAUAUAGAAAUCACCAAGAGCAGACGGAUAAGUUUUACUACCUUACAGACUGAACCUAAAACUCCUACCAGAAGGAUAAACCCAACACAGGUCACAGGCUGUCAGCAUAACAAAGUAUUCUCAGAGGCAGAGGAGAAAGUUAACAAUAAACCUAAGAAUGGGGAGAUAUUAGAACCAGAAAAGGAAUUGUUAAGAUUAGAAAGAGAAAAGAUAUUAAAAGAUUUUGGUACUGAUAUGAUGGUACCUAUAACACCAACCAAACCAGGACUAGAAAGAUCCAGUAGUAUUGUAGAGGUCCCUUUGGCUGAAAUGUCAAAGGUCACACACACAGAAAAGCUGGAUAUUUUAGCCAGUAUUUAUUCCUCAUGCUUGAAAGAAAAUUUAUUGCCUAACAUUAUAGUUGAGUUGUAUUUUAUAAUACAAUUGUUGACAGCAAAAAGUUCUGACCUGGACCUAAUCAAUGACCUUACUGAUGAUAUAAUAGAUGAGAAUUAUUUUACCUCCAUACAUAAUGCAGUGUACUUUUCUGUUAAAGUUCUUGAAAAUCAGUUUGGCAUUUUACAGCAUAUAGACAAAGGAACAUUACGACUUUUAGCAGAGAAUCAGAGACUUGUUAUUUUCACACCAAGACUUGCAGCUAGACUGAAAGAUCUUUGUAAUGAUUCAGGAGAUUUUUGUGGACCAGUAUACCCAAGGUCACCAAUUGGCAGUGUUUCAUUCCAAGCAGAAACAGACAACAGGAAGAACUUUCCUAAUGACAGAACAUUUCAUUUAUUUAAAAAGCAAAGAGAUGCAUUCUAUGAACUACUACGAGAGUGGGAAACAAAUCAUCACACUCCAGGAUGGACAAUAGCAGGGAAGAUGGGGGACAGAAUUAGAGCUCUAGUCAGUUAUAAAACAGAAUUAGCCAAUCAUCUACACUUUGCCAGACUAUUCCAGUCACAGCUGAUUAGUAUGUGUAAAGGAGAUGGUAGCAUUAGGAUGUCAGGAGAUGAAGAUAAUAUAUUAUUACUUAGUCAGCUGAAACAAGCCAAUCCAGAAAAAUUUAAAAGGUUACAGGAAAGAUUUAUCAAGCCAUCUAGUUCUGGAGGUCCUUGUCCAGAACCAUCAUUUCCAGGUUGUCAAGAAUUCUUCCAUAAAUUCAUAGUAGCUGCAUCAUGUCCUGUGUUUAAUCAGCAUCUUACCAAUACUUUUGUAGGGAAAGUUUCUGAGUUAAACAGUACAGAUUUUGAGUCCAAUUUGUCGGAGGAAACAGAAACAGAGCAAGAAUCUGAUGAGGACCAGAAAGAGAAGUUUAUAUCUAUUUUACUUACACUAAGACUGGUAGGCAAGUUUCUAGGCUUUGUGACAUUUCUACCAUACAAGAACACAUCUAAACUACCUGAUGACACUGAAGCAGCUUAUAUGGCACUCAGGAAACAUGAACAUCCACCAAUAGAUUUGCAUGAAUGUUUACGUGUUGCAGUUUAUAUGCGACAUCUAACAUUAACAGUUCCAUGGAUAGUAGAGUUCCUUAGUAUGAUGGAUUUAAUGGCCCCUAAUCUGGACUAUUAUCAACUUGUACUUUGUAUGUUAUUGUUUAUACACAGGUUUAUGUGGGAAGAGAUGACCAGCAGUAAUACAUAUUACAGUCAUAUACUAGUCAUUACAAUGAUCAGCUGGUUAUUGGAGAAUGCUGUGAUACCAGAAGGAUACUUCUUCUCUGACAUACCAGAAAGUGUUCAGUCUAUACUUAGUCAAUCAGCGAAGAAGUCUGAUCAAACAUUGGAUACCAUGGGAUUUAUUGACCAAAAGUUAUAUUACACAUGUUGCCCUUAUGUUGGUGAAAUAAAGACAUUAUUGGUAGAGUACACAAUAGGAUCAAGUAAUAAAACAGCAACCAUUAGGAAAAUAACACCAGUAUCUGCCGAAACAGAGACACCACAGUCUGUUACUGAUAGACAGAUACAGCUUCAGUUAGAAGAAAACUUUUUCCACAACCAUCCUGCCUCAAUGAAGAGAAUUGUAGACUUUGUAGCAGAAAGGACAGCAUCAAACUUCAUAAAGAAAUUUAGAUCUGCUGCUUUACAGAAAUCAAUAGCAACCUGUAGAAUAGCACUUCAGAAAUUAAUGGAAUCUUAUGCUAGUUGCUCUCCUAGUAGCAAGGCUAAGGAUAAACAUCUGCAAGACAUUGUAAAACUGUCUCAGGAAUCUGUGAGCCAGCUUAAAUCUGCUACAUUUGAAGAUGCAAGCAGGUUUUGCAAAAUUAAAGUUGAAGCCAUCCUACCAUUACUUCUACCAGAGGAGCAAACAAAAGCUGUUAAAGCCAUGUCAGUAGACAUCUCCAGGAGACUGGCCGAGGAGAGGAUCAGUCAAUGGAUUAACAAACACAUCACAGCAAAUAUGUACCAGAAUGAUUUACAUACAGAGUAUGAUAAAAUUCUCAAAAGAAUCACAAACCCAAGUGAGUCCUGUCAGGCAGAACCAGUCAAGGAACCAGAUUUUAUAUCAGUUGCUAAGCAGCAUGAUGAUAAUGUCAGACAUCCUUCAGAAGUUUUAAUUGAUUUAAAAGAAGUUGUUAGAGAAUUGUUUGUUAAAGGAUGUCAUGUUGAAUGGAAUAAGAUAUCAUUAACGCUGAUGGAAGUCAAAGAUAUCAUCAAUAAUAGACAGGAUGUUAUACCCAGUAUAUAUAACUGUUUGGGAAGACUGGUAUUUGAUUUGGCAGUUUCAUUAGUGGCAAAUGAUACAGAUAAAUGGGAGGAAACCCAGUUAGAAAUGUUUAUGUCACUAUGGAAACAAGAGUUGAAGCCUGUCACUCCAUUUAAUAGGUGUAUCUGUGCAUUUAUUGUACAACUACUUGAGAAUUCUAAAAAUCCAUCGGAAUCAUGGAAGAAAUAUUCUCAUUUACUUGCAUCAUUACUUAAAGAAGAACUACUGACUUGUGAAGUUUUAGAGAAAAGUUUCCUUAGCUUAAUUUCUCAUAAUCAGAAAUGUUUAGAAAACCUAUCAUUCUGUAUUCAGUGUAUAACAGAAGGUUUAGAAGAUACAGAGAUUGACUGUGAUUUCUCUGAAGUUACGGACUGGCUAUUAACCUUGGCUUGCAGUCAUGAUGGUGACUCCAAAGAGGAUAAACUAUUAUCAAGUGCUGUGUCAUAGUUUUAAAUGAUUCCUCAAAAUAUUGUCAGCUAUCAGGCCAGCAAGUAAUUUUGUGAUGUCAAUAAUAAAGGGAACUAGAUUUAUGGAUAGUGUAAUUUUGAAGCAUUUGUUCAUAAUGCAUUUAUAGAAAUUUUGAAAUGUGAUUUUAAUGCAAAAUACUACAAAAAUAUAUAUAAGAUCUAGUUUAAUUUUAUAUAAAACCAGCAAUCGUUUGCAAGUUCAAACUUUUUGUUUGUUUGGGAUUUUACAUUUGAACAAACCUGCUUGUAAGAAACUGCAGACCAUUUUAUGACAAUGGGGUAAGGCUCUGGAAAGAAUAAUUGUAUUCUUAUUACCUCAGCAUGCAUUUAGCAAGGUAAAUUAGAUUGGUGCUGUCAUAUGAAAUAGUGCAAUAUAACAUUUUGUAUAUAGUCUUUAAGUGUUUUAACUGUAAGAUUUAUUUAGCAUACAAUCACCUUAUUGUUAAGAAGUACUAAAUGUAAUACCAUCUUGAGACAAUUGAAAAAGGUAAUACAGUCAUGUUUCAGAAUAUUUAUAGCUGCCACUUUGGGAAAUAGUUAAAGAUGAAUGGUAUGUUUUGACAUUUAUAUAUUGUAUUUAUUGAUAAUUACUGUGAUAAGAACAUGACCCAUUCAUAUAUUAACUACACAAUUUGUAAAUAUACAAUUCUUGGUA